AUGGCUCCUGGCAGACUCCCGGAGGGGCAACUAUUUUGGGACCUGUGGCGCCGGGGUCCGGCCCUAGGGAGCAAGAGACAUUUUCUGAGGCCGGUUGCUGCAGGAGGAAGGGGGCCCCAGGGCCCGCGGCGCGCGGAUCCUGUUUCCUGGAAGUCCCUGGCAUUCACAUUUGCUAUUGGUGGAGCUUUAUUGUCUGGAAUGAAGUAUUUCAAGAAAGAAAAGGCAGAAAAGUUAGAGAAGGAGCGGAAGCGAACCAUAGGAAAGCCUUUACUUGGAGGACCUUUCUCACUCAUGGAUCACAACGGAGAGCCCAGGACUGAUAAAGACUACCUGGGACAGUGGAUACUAAUUUACUUUGGUUUUACGCAUUGUCCUGAUAUCUGUCCAGAGGAAGUGGAAAAAAUGAUAGCUGUAGUGGAUGAAAUUGAUAGUAUUCCAACUCUUCCAAAUUUAAUACCACUUUUCAUCACUAUUGACCCAGAGAGAGACAAUAGAGAAGCUGUUGAAAGAUAUGUGAAAGAAUUUUCUCCCAAGCUAGUUGGCUUGACAGGUGCUCCAAAAGAGAUUGAUCAGGUUGCCAGAGCAUAUAGAGUUUAUUACAGCCCAGGACCCAAGGAUGAAGAUGAAGACUACAUAGUAGGAAGUGGAAGAAGAGAAGAGUACAGUUGUGGGCAGCUAGAGAUAUCACUUUCUUAUUCUGAGUUCCAUGCUCUUGCAAGGCCCUGCUGCAAAAGAAGGAGCUGGGACCCACCAGUGGAAGAAGGUGGCAGGCACUUAAAAGUAGUGAUUCAUCCUUAUGAAAAUUAGAUACCCACACCUAUUCCUAGGUACCUGGCCUGCUCAUGUACAAAGGAUAAAGAUUUGGAGAGAGGUUCAUUACAUUCAUGUUUUUUCCUUUGCCUUUUGGGAAGUGGUAUGGUACAGUGGAAAAAGCAUUGAAUUUGCAACUUCAGACUUGGGUCCAAAUGUAUACUCUUAACACUUCCAGUGUGAUCUUGGGCAACUCACUUGAACUCUCUUUUCAUCUUUUCCUUCAACUCUGAAAUGAAGUAGGAAAAAUUAAAUACCUUAAAAGGUACUUUCCAUUUUAGAAUAUAUGAUCCUGUGUUCUUGUGUGACAGUGAAUAGAGAACAAUCAAGUUUGGUUAUCUUAUACAUUAUUUUGAUUGUAUAUUUGUAUAGUAUGUUAGAGUAUGAUUUUGUGUAAGGGAAACACAAGAAGAAAAUACAUAUUUAAGCAUAUUAAAAUAUGCUUUAUUGAUUAGGAAGGGAAAGGAAUAAGGGUUUAGGGAUUUGCUUAUGCUUAUUCUUAUUUAAAACUAAACUAUUCUAACUAAGUUACUAAACUAAAAACUUAACCAAAUACCCAAAUAUCACAGCAGGAGUCCAAAACAGUUAGAUCCAGGAUCUGUUGUUAGAUAUUCAAUAAAGUCCUGAUGUCCAAGUAAGACUGAUGCUGCCAGCAGCCAGAUACAGGAACUCAGUUUGAACACAGGGAAAUGCUCUUCAUACCUUCCUCUCAACUUCCUCAGGAGACCAGAAGAAAGUCAGUUGGGCCAAAAUGGAAUCUUCCCAGAUCCUGAAGCUCAGGGUCCCAUGUGACCCUUGGUCACAUGCCACUGUCAGUCAUACCUAGGUUUGCAUUUUUCAGUUUUUGCACAGUUUUGCAAAUUGCAAACCUUUUCAUCCUUUAUCACAUUCCCCACUAUUGCACGAAUCAAAAAUUGUUUUGGAAACACUAUUUUUGUAUUUGUGCACAAUCUAAAAUACUUAUCAGUUACCUAAACUAAGAGAUCUACCCAAAAUAACAAGCAACCUUCACUCAACUAUCUUACUCUAACUUACACUAACCUAAGGAAUUGUAACAAGGAAAAAGGAAAAGGGAAACAAAGUAAAUAAUGAACAAUUACAAAAGUCAAACAAAAGCAAAAUCAAAACAGCAAAAUAACAUAAAACAAAAGAUGAACAUAACCUCUAUGCAAACAUCAAACUUAAAAUAUUCUUAUCAGCUAAAACAGAAAACUGGACUACUAUUGCAGUAAAUUAACAUUAAACUUAGAGAAAAAAUUUUGAAAAUCACAAUAAACACAACAUUGCAUAAGUUUUACAAUGAAAAUGAAACCAAGCAUCAAACCAUUUAUGCAAAUAAAUGUAACAAAAGAUAUUGAGUUAUGUACAUAAUUUACAUAUAUACAUAUAGUAUGUACAAAAUAUACAUGUAUGCUAUACAUAUACACAUAUAUAAACUUAUGUACAA